GCGUGACGCCACCAUAGUCGUACUGGUGAAGCGGCGCCAGCAAGCAAGUUAUAUAACCACGCAACACUUAUCUAUACUUUUCAAUAACUUAAUAAUCAAAAUCAAAAUGUCCCUCCGGUUGCCACCUGUCCCCUUCCACCACCGUUCCGCCGCUCAAUCAACCACGGCGGCGAAGCCUCAAAUCUCAUCGUCCUCCCGUUCAUUUCUCAAGUUCUCCGUUCGAAAUUGCUCAUCCGGAACCGAUACCCACACCUCACGCAAGCUAGUUAUGAAGGUUAAAGAGAAGCUUGAGAAAGAUUACUACAGUCUCCCUACAGGAAAAAACGGAAGAGAUGAUGAGGAACUGAUUCUUUGGUUUUUGAAAGACCGGACGUUUUCAGUAGAUGAGGCCAUCUCAAAAUUGACCAAAGCAAUUAAAUGGCGACAAGACUUUCGCGUGUCAGAAAUAACCGAAGAAUCAGUCAGAAAAGUAGCUGCAACCGGAAAGUCUUAUUUGCAUGAUUCUCUUGAUGUCAAUGGCAGGCCAGUAUUAAUAGUAGAUCCAUCAAAGCAUAUCCCGGAGAUGUUUAAGCAGGCUGAGGACGAGAGGUUAUGUGUUUUCUUGCUAGAGAAGGCAUUAAGUAGACUUCCAGAAGGUAAAGAAGAGAUACUUGGAAUAUUUGAUCUUCGCGGAUUUAGUUUGAAGAAUUCAGAUCUUAAAUUCUUGACAUUUUUGUUUGAUGUGUUGUAUUAUUAUUACCCGAGGCGGCUGGGGCAAGUACUAUUUGUCGAAGCUCCGUUUGUAUUUCAGCCAAUUUGGCAGCUUGCCAAGCCCUUAGUAAAGUCGUAUGCUUCUCUGGUACGGUUUUGCUCGGCGGAUGAUGUGAGAAAGGAGUAUUUUACAGAAUCAACACUUCCAGAAAGCUUUAGACAUUGACAACAUAUUCUGGUUUCUUCAUGUAUACAAAAAUCAUUCCAGUUUCAUGAUAAGGUGUAUUUACGCCAAGUGAGCCGGAGCCGGAGCCGACUAGAAGCUUGGCUUGUGAAGAGACAGGAAGAUUGAGGCUUGGUUGGGCUUAGUUUUAUUGGCUUCAUCCUGGCUUGGCUUGUAUAGACUUAUUUUUAUGGUUAAUUAAGCUCAAGCCUCUAUUAGGUUCUUAUACUUUGUAAAAAAAGAACUCUGUACCUCUUUUUUUCAAAAAUAUUAAAAUAGUAAAUUCAAAUUCUUGAGGGGGAA